CCCUCCCACGUCGCUCACUUUCCCCCCACAUCCUCUCUCAUCUCAGUUCCUCAUCAUGCCUUCUGCCCCCCGUCAGGCUUGCCGGGCCGCGGUACCUUGAAUGGGGCCCGGCUCACGCUCACACACACCGAGCAGCGUCCGACGGCCACGGCACUUACAGCGAGGGCAGGUGCCAGGCUGUUGUGAAUUAACCUGCUGAGCACACCCAGCCUAACAGAAAUCUAGUGCCGCAGAUGUAAUAAGCAAGGAGUAAAUGCAACAAUCCUGGUUUGUUCUGUGUCAGCCCUCUGCUGUGCUGCUCUUUCCUAGGCCAUCCCCCAUGCCUAUCUUUACUGUGCUUCUGAUUUAGAUUGCUUUUGUAAGCUCUUCAGAUCUCGUCAUCCUCUUGAUUUGCAGGUAGAACACAGGGGGCUCAGGUGUGUGGCCUCAGGGCAGGGCUGGCACCAUGCCGGGUGUACUGAGCAUGCGGAGCAAUCACACCGGCUUCCAGGGUAGCUUAAAAACCUCUGCCAGUGACUUUAUCGUGACAGAAAUUGAUACCUUCGGGCGGCUGCUUAGCGAGAGCACAGCCGAGACUCUUCGUGCAUUCGGUGACACGCCUGCAGCCCCAAACAGCUGCUGCCCACAGAGCCCCCGCAGGCCCUGGCCAGAGCCUCCGGAACUGCACAGAGAAGAGGUGCUAGGCCCAUUCGACAGCCCCAGUCAUGCUCCAGAAGAUGGCCUGUUGCCAGCCAAAGGCAGCACAGAGCACAUGGCUGGAGCUGCACCUGAAGGUGGGCGCCAUGAGGCAGGUACAUUGGACUCCUUGUUAGACGAGUCUGUGAAUGAACUGUUGAAUCAGUUUGCUUGUAACAUAAAAGAUAGGUGGGACUCAGAACAUGAUCCAGCUGCUCAUCCCGCUGAAUUCUCACUGGGGCCAGUCCUUGACAAGAGGAAUCGAGCUGAUUUACACAGCGGCAUUAGACAGAAAUUUCCUUUCUUAAUGACUGUUACAAAGAAUAAUGAAAUUAUUGUCAAAGCAAACACUGAUUACAAACAGCUCUGUCAACUAGUGUCUGAGGAGGAAGCAUUUGAUUUUUUAAAAUUUUUAGAUGCAAAACUGGAAAACUCUAAAUUUUCUUUUAAGCCUGAUGAGAAUAAGGAGCACAGAAAGGCAGUCCACCAUUUUGUCAGUCAGAAGUUUGGAAAACUUGUAGAAACAAAGUCUUUUUCUGUGACAGACUUUAAUGGUCAGCAAAAUGUAGCAAUAAUAGUAAGGUUGCGGGAGAAGAGUUGGUCCAGGAAAAGGCCGGCUGCUGAUUGCCAGGAAAAACAAGAUGUUUAUACAGGUUUUACCCUUCGAAAAGAAAAUCUGGAAACACUAGAAGCAAUUAGCUAUUUGUCUUCUGAACUUGGUGUUCUUCCUUCAGACUUCAGUUACACAGGCAUCAAAGACAAAAAGGCCAUCACCUACCAAGCUAUGGUUGUGAAAAAAGUGACUCCUGAGAGGUUGAAAGAAAUUGGAAGCACAAUUGAAAGAAAAGGAAUGAAAGUGUAUAAUAUCCAUUCAGUGUGCCAACACCUUAGACUCGGUCAGCUGAAGGGGAACCACUUUGAUAUAAUUGUGAGAGAUCUAAAACAUCAGAGCAAUGACUCUUCUGCAGAUCUGAAAGAGAGAAUAUCUGAAGCAUUUGAGAAUGUUAAGACAAAAGGUUUUGUAAACUACUAUGGACCUCAGCGAUUUGGGCAUGGACAGAAUGUUCAGACAGAUCAAAUUGGAUUGGCUUUGCUGAACGAAGAAAUGGUAAAAGCCGUGAAGUUGUUUUUCACACCAGAAGAUACAGAUGAUCCUGUAAACCAGGCAAAGAGAUAUUUUCUUCAAAGCGAUGAUGCAAAGGGAACCCUGGCAAUGUUGCCCGAAUUUAAAGUAAGAGAGAGGAUGUUGCUUCGUGCCUUGAAUCGCUAUGGUGUAAACCAUGAGGGUUGUACACGAGGAUGGCUCAGCAUUCCUCAUUCCAUGCGUAUAUUCUACAUUCAUGCAUAUUGCAGUAAAAUUUGGAAUGAAGCCACAUCUUUUAGGUUUAUGACCUAUGGUUCAAAAGUAGUGGAGGGUGAUCUGGUCCUCUCUGAAGAAAAUGUUGAUGAAAAUUCUUCUCUGAAUGACAGAGUUCACGUAGUAACUGCUCCAGAAGAGUCCGCUAGCAAAUAUGCAAUACAUCAAGUGGUUCUUCCAAUGGUUGGACACAGUAUCAAGUAUCCCAAUAAUAAAGUUGGGCAGUGGUACCAUGAAAGGCUUGCCAAGGAUGGGCUGCAGACAUGCAGGUUCAGGGUGUCUGCAUUACAGCUGAACACACCUGGAUGCUACAGACACAUUUUGAAAUAUAUCCACAAUCUGUCAUAUCAUUUCUUAGAAGACAAUGAAAAGGAAAUCAAAACCGAAGAAGACAGUCACCUAAAUGAAUCUAAAGCAUCUCUUCUUUUGUCAUUUGACCUUGAUCCUUCAUGUUAUGCAACUGUUUGUCUGAGGGAAAUAAUGAAAUGUGACCUUUAGAAUGUUCAUAGUAAAAAGUUACAGGAGUAACAUAAUCCAUGGAGGUAUUUUAUAUAUGUUGCCUAUAAAAUAGGGAAAGCUAAUCUUGUUCAUCAUGUACAGUGUAGUGCAGAAAGAAUUAAUGAAUUACUUAGGGUUUUAUUACUUUGUUUUUAAAACUAAAUUUGUAGUCCUGAGUACAUUGGAGCCAAACAAUACUAAACUAUAUAUAAUGUCAUACUUACUUCGAGAAGCCAAGAGCUGCAGGUCUGGCUUUUAACCAGUGAUAUUUGCACAAGCUUUACACCGCAUGACCAAAGCUGGAUUCUGGAGAAAGGGGAAUAUGGUGAAUGGUCAUUUCCUCCUUGCCUUUUCUAUUACCAUCUUAAGGGCUGGUUAUAUAUUUGGUGCUGUACAAGACGCACAAAGACAGCUUCUGCCACAACGCGUUUACAAUCUAGUACUGUCUGUCUACUAGGAAAGCUGCCAUAUCAUAGUGAACAUCCAGGCCUGUUGAAACCUUGCUGAGUUCUAAGGCCCAUUCAUCCUCGCCUGUUUUCACACUAUGCAUAUGAACCCAGAGCUAAAAGGAUAUGUGAGGUGAGUAAUAGUGCUGAGUCAUCCUGCUGAUUUUAGGACACUUCUUUAAGCUCACAGCAUGCUCGGUCUUUCAGUCAUUCCUGUACUGAGAAAUUGAAGAAAAUAAACAGCCUCAAAAUAAAAAUCUAUAUAAACAGGAACUUCAGGACCCAGGGGUGAGCAUGCCAUUAAUACACUUACAGAAGAGUGCUAAUGUUUUUAUUUCCUGACUUCAGGCAGUGUGCUCGUUGCUGGUCAAACCUGCUCACUGCACAAGCUUAAGGUUGUGAGGAAAUCUUGCAGUGAUUGUCACUGGAACCUUGCCAUUAUCACGAUUAAAAGUUAUUUAUAAAAUUCUUCUGUGAAAUAAGUUUGUAAAAAGAUGAUAUUGGCAUGGAAGGGCAGAAAAUUGAAUAAUAAACUAAGAAGCAAAACUAUCA